CCCAAGGUCACAAAGCUGGUGAGCACCAAGUUGGCACGAUGGCAGGGCUGGGAACCUGGAGCCUGACCAGAGCGGCCCUCAUCAUCCUACUGCUUCCCAGAAGCCUGGAGGAGUGUGGGCACAUCAGCCUCUCCGCCCCCGUCACCCACCUGGGGGACCCCGUCACAGCCUCCUGCAUCAUCAACCACAAAUGCAGCCUCGUGGGCCCGGAGUCACAGAUUCUGUGGCAAUUGGGGACAGAGCUUCAGCCCGGUGGGGAGCAGCACUAUCUGCCAAAUGGGACCCAGAGAUCCACCAUCACUUUGCCCCACCUCAACCACCCCCGGGCCCUUCUCUCCUGCUGCCUGCGCUGGGGCAACAGACUGCAGAUCUUGGACCAGGCUGAGCUGCGGGCAGGUUACCCCCCUGCCACACCCUACAACCUGUCCUGCCUCAUGAAUCUCACAACUAACAGCCUCACCUGCCAGUGGGAGCCAGGACCCAACACCCACCUGCCCACCAACUUCACCUUAAAGAGUUACGUGAGCCGGGACAAUUGCCAGACCCAGAAGGACUCCAUGUCGGACUGCAUGCCUGAGGACGGGCAGAACCACUGCUCCAUCCCACGGAAACACCUGCAGCUUUACCAGAACAUGGGCAUCUGGGUGCAGGCAGAGAACGCGCUGGGGACCAGUGCGUCCCCACAGCUGUGCCUUAUGCCCAGUGACGUCGUGAAACUGGAGCCCCCCACACUGUGGGGCUUGGACCCCAGUCCCGAGGAGACCCCGCCCCAGCCAGGCUGCCUGCAGCUACGCUGGGAGCCAUGGAAACCAAGCCUGCACAUGGACCAGAAGUGUGAGCUGCGCCACCAGCCGCAGUCUGGAGAAGCCAGCUGGGCCCUAGUGAGCCCUCUGCCCCCCAGGGCCUUCCAGCAUGAGCUCUGUGGACUCCUCCCAUCCACAACCUACGCCCUGCAGAUGCGCUGCAUCCGCUGGCCCCUGCCCGGCCACUGGAGCAGCUGGAGCCCCAGCCUGGAGAUGACCACUGCGCAGCGGGCUCCCAUGGUCAGACUGGACACGUGGUGGAGGCAGAGGCAGCUGGACCCCAAGACAGUGGAUGUGCAGCUAUUCUGGAAGCCAGUGCCCCUGCAGGAAGACAGCAUGCACAUCCAAGGGUACCUGGUCUCCCGGAGAUCCAAAGACCAGGCUGGGGCAGUACCGCCCCUCUGCAACACCACGGAGCUAAACUGCACCUUCCAUCUGCCUUCCGACGUCAAGGAGGUGGUGCUUGUGGCCUACAACACAGCUGGGACCUCUCAGCCCACUGUGGUGGUCUUCGUGGAGAGCAGAGGCCCACCCCUGGCCAGACUCCAUAUCGUGGCCCAGGGCCCUCACAGCCUCUGGGUGGGCUGGGAGCCCCCCAGUCCUCAGCCUCAGGGCUAUGUGAUCGAGUGGGGACCCAGCCUCCCCAGCCCCAGUGGCAGCAGUACAAGCUGGAGGAUCGAGCAUAACGGGAGCAUCACAGGGACCCUGCUGCAGGAGAACAUUAAGCCCUUCCAGCUCUAUAAGGUCACUGUGACGCCCCUGUACCAGGACUCCAGGGGGCCCUCCCAGCACAUCUACACCUACUCCCAGGAGACGGCCCCUUCCCAUGCCCCAGAGCUGCAUCUGAAGCACAUUGGCAAGACCUGGGCACAGCUGGAGUGGGUGCCCCAGGCUGCUGAGCUAGGGAGGAGCCCCCUUACCCACUACACCAUCUUCACGACCAACGCUCAGAACCAGGCCUUCUCCACCGUCCUGAAUGCCUCCUCCCGUGACUACGUCCUCCACGACCUGGAGCCAGGAAGCUUGUACCACGUCCACCUCAUGGCCACCGGCCGGGCUUGGGCCAUCAACAGUACAAGCCUCACACUGAUGACCUUGGCCCUAGAUGAGUCUGAGCUGCACCUCUUCCUGGGCCUGUUCAGCCUCCUGCUCUUGUUCUUCUGCCUUUGUGGGGCAGCCUGGCUCUACUGCAGACCCAGCAGGAAGAAUCCCCUCUGGCCAACUGUCCCUGACCCAGCCCACAGCAGCCUGGGCUCCUGGGUGCCCACCAUCAUGUCAGAGGAGAUUUUCCAGCUUCCCAGCCUUCAGGACCCUGGCAUGCAACCCAUCACCAAGAUCACCGUGCUGAAAGAGGAAGAGAAGAAGCCAGGAUCGUGGGAAUCCAAUGACAACCCAGAGGCCCGUGGCCUCCCCACCCUGGUCCAGGCCUAUGUGCUCCAAGGGAACCCAAGAGCACCUCAUACCCAGUCCAAGCCUGAAUCGGGUACCAGCGACCAGGUCCUAUAUGGGCAGGUGCUGGGCAGCCCCACUGGCCCAGGGCCAGGGCAUUACCUCCGCUGUGACUCCACUCAACCUCUCUUAGAGGGCCUCACCCCUAGCCCCAAGUCUUAUGAGAACCUCUGGUUCCACACCAGUCCCUUAGGCACCCCAGAGCCCCUAGUCCCAAACCAGGAAGACGACUCUGUCUUUGGACCUCUGCUGGACUUUCCCCUCUUGCAGGGGCUCCGGGUACAUGGGGUGGAGGGGCUGGAGGGCUUCUAGGGCUUUCCUCCCACCUAGGCCGACCGCUAGAAAGGAAAGCGUUAGCCUGGGCGUCACUGUAAAAAGCACCCAGCCCAGAAUGAGCAUAAAGACUCUCAGUCUCCUCUACCCCUGGCCCCAGCAUCCCUACCCUAGCUCCCCAACUUCCAUGGGCUGGGCCUCCCACUUCAAAGGCCAGAGAACAUUUCAUCCAGUCCUGCCCCGCUGCUCUUUUAUGCUUAUUUCUUGUCAUUUCAGUCUCUUAAUGUGACGUAUAUAUUUGUUUUGU